AUGCAUCGCUUCACUUUCCUCUCUAUUCUCCUCUCAUUCGGGGCUUUCGCGGCCAGCAUGACCGCCGACCUGCCGGAAGUCGUCCCUAACAGAACUGCCAGCGAUCAGCAGGAAAUCGACUGGGAGAACGAUUGGAUGAUGAAGAUCUUGCGCAAGCACUUGGUGAGAGCCGACGGUAUGGAAUUGGAGCCGCGAGACGUUAUCUGCGGCCUGUAUUCGCAACUCGGGAACAUUGACGCCUCGUUCCGGUCAAACCCACCCACUCUUGGCGCUCUGAUCUACGAUAAGGCCGAUUCCGAGUCGUUCGAAAGGAUGCUUGACGAUCUGGAAGACAAGUGCAACCAAGACCCUUCAAGAUACGUGGAAAAAUGCAUAUCCGCCGCCGAGGCCUUGUUGUUUAUGGAUGUGGCUCUUAGUGUCAACGAGAUCGGUUCAUUCUACACGCAACAGUUUCGUCAGACCGAAGAAACUGUUGGGGAAGUGCUGAUGAAGCCCGAUAUGUGUGGAGAGGGAUGGAAGCAUGGCCAGAAAUAUGUCAAGGGGCGACAAGGCUGGAAAGAGGAGGCAAAGGCCUCGCCGGUACUUCGAAUUCCUGUGUAG